GAAAAGGAGUAGAACAAGAACAAGAAAAAUAAUAGUGAAAAAGGACAAAACCCUCAGCAAAACCCUUUCUUGAACUGUGACAGGUAAAAGCCCUAACUCUGGAAUUUGGUGGGUGGCUGCAAUGGCUUCUCGUUAUAGAUCUGUUUCGCAACCAGCAUUGUCCUUUAUCAAAUCCACCAUCACUAAACCAGCUUCCAAGCCCACACCCUCAGCUUUUCUCCUCAAAACUCGUUCUCCGGUUACGACCAGGUGGGUGGGUGGGGAGCUCGGUUGCCUGCAGUCGCUGCUUCCGCUGCACUCGGCGGUGUCGUCGGCGCGCCUCACUUCUUGUCUAGGCAUCGAUUCGAGUAGGUCGAGGUCGUUGUCCCAGGGCAACUUGCUGUGUCUAUAUUUUAGCAAAACAAGAGGACGUUGCUAUCAGGUUAUUUUUAACCUAUACAAGAUUGCAGUUUUGCUUUGCGAGUGGCCUGUGAGCUAAUGUUAAUCAUAUGUCGUCGUAAACAACUGAUAAUCUGAGGGGAAUAAAAAACUAAAAAAUACUGACGUACUCUUGUGUCAGAGGCUCCUCGCAUAUCCAUUGUCCUAUAUAAGAUUGUAGCUUUGCUUAGGGAGCGGCCUCAAAACUACUGUGUCCACAUUCAUAUUGAAGAAUUGAUAGGAAAGUAAAUAAAGUGAAUUUUAGUGGCAUUAAAACAGUAGGAGCAAUGAAAUUUAUAUUUGCUGGAGAAUAUCAUCACUUUACAUUGUGAUAGUUUAUUCUAUGUCCAUUGUUCGUAAUAUUUUUGUGAUUUUCUUUUAUUAUUUUCUCACUGAUUCACACUGUGUAGUAGUUGGCUUGCGUUGUACCACUAAGACUGUCUUUGAAUUGGAGUUUAUAAACUUGAUUUUUAAUGAACAUUCUUUUCUAAAAUUGAUUUUGGUUAAAAUGGGGAAUUGGGUGGAUGGAUUCAUGUGUGAGUUUGAGUGAACUCACAAAAGAGUUUUUGAAGUGAAGUGAUUUAUGUUUGGCUAUUUUUAUUCUAAAAGCUGGUUAGUAGUAAAACUCUAAAUUUUUUUAUCCAAUACAAAAGCUUUCUAAAGUUACCUCAACUCAAUUAAUGUUGGCCCCGUAAUCAACAACUUGAAGUUAGACUAAACAUAUGAACAUUUAUCUAAAAUUACACCAGUUGUUAUUGCAACAUGAUUUUGGAUGGUUCAAUGUGAAUCCGAAUGCGCACUAUAUUUGGAAACAUUUAUUUGGCAAAUGACUUUUUUAUGAUGAAUGUUGUCUGGAUAGUGUUGAUAAGAAGUUACUUUGAGAUCUAUAUUUUCUAUAAAGGAUAUUAUUUUUGUUUGAUAUUAUUGAAACAGUAAGAUAAUAUCAAGUUAAUAGGAAUUUUUUUUAUCAAUACACCGAAGCCAGAUUUUACUCAAUGCAAAAGCAGCCAAAAUGUUGCUUCCAGGUUGAGGGGCUCAAAAGACUCAAGAAGUUUGUGUUCUGAAUUUGUCAAAUGAUCUUUGGACCUUUUAAUGCAAAACAUAUCCUACAACCUGAGCUAUAGCCUCUCCAACACAAAAACAAACACUCCAUGAGUUGUUUGUGCUUGUUGACUGUCACUUUCGAAGCUCACGCAUAUGAACCUGGAAAUCCUUGAUUUAUCCAUUGCAAAGUGCACACAUGCUCACCACCAAGUUGCCAUUCCAAAUCCCCUCAUUGUUGCCCUUGAAUCUGAGGAAGAACCGAUUACUUAGGUUGUAUAAUUAAGGAUAUGAUCUGUACCUAAAUGAUAUCAAAGUACGUACCAAGCUCUGAGCUUUGAUUCAUAUUAUUGCAUUUAAUUUUUCCUCUUGGGUAGAACUUCUGUACAUAGAAACUCAUCGUAGUGAAUAUCACCCUUGCGAAGGAAGACACUGAAAAUUCUAUAGUGGGGCUGCUACAUUAUUGAAUUUUAUGAACUAAAAAAAAUAUAUUAUACGUGUUAGUUUAUAAAUGUUUAAAUUUUAAAACCCAAAUCAGAAAAUUAAAACAUGGUAAAAUAGAAGAAGACACUGUAGAGAAAGAUGAAUCCUGAAUGACCUGUUUCAGAAUGUAGAAUAUACUACAACAAAAGGGUGAUCAAAUUAAAGAGAAUAAAGGGACACGACAGUAACUGAGGGCUGAGAGAACAUACGACAGACUGGAACAGAAGGCCACUUGGAUCAUGGUGUGGCCAGAGAACACUU